AAAUUGUUAUAUGAAAGUGUCGAUGAAACAACAAGAAUGCAUGCUGAACGGAGUCUUGCUGAGCUUGUCGCUUCACCGGAUUGUUUUGAACGUUGCUUGUUAAUGCUACAAAGUACAUUCCUAUUAAAUUAUUUGGGAGAGAAAUAUUUGGUUUUACCUUCAUUCGUCAUUACGUCUCUUUGUCAUUUGUUUGCACGAAUUAUUAAGACUGGUUGGAAUGAUUUUCUCGAUGAUAGUCAAAGUUUUCCGUUUAGAAUUCAUAUAACAGAGUUGCAAGAUAUAGUCGAUGUUAAAUAUAUUAAAUAUAUCUUAGUAUUUAGUUAUAAUUUAUUUUUUCAGUUGCAUCUUGUUAACGAUUUAGUUCAGCUUAUUCUGAAUUGUCUCAGCUAUGAUUUCAUUGGUACAUUACCAGACGAAAGUUCCGAAGAUAAUUAUACCGUUCAGCUGCCCAUUGUAUGGCGCGAAUGUUUCUUGAAUUAUGAUGUAUUGGCUAUUUUUUUCUCCCUCUAUGAGCAGUUGCCAGUUGACCAGUGUCCAGCCGUCUUACAAGUGCUCGUUCAGCUCGCUUCUCUUCGAAGAACUCUUUUUUCAGGAGAAGAACGGCAAAUUUUCCUUGAUAAUUUCGUUCAUGGUAUUGUGGCUGUGAUUAAAAUGAGUGAAAAACUCGAGCAUCAGCAAUGUUUUCACGAAUUAUGUCGUAUCGUCGCUCGGCUUAAAGGAAACUAUCAGUUAAGUGAGUUGAUGAAAACAACUGAUUACAAUGAAUUGGUGGAGUUAUUAGGCAAUUUUACCGAAUAUUGCCUUCGAACAAUUGGUGGUGAUGGGAGCAGUUGGAACAGUCUAUACUAUUUAUUAUCGUUUUGGCAACGAAUGGUCAGUUCGAUGACUUAUGUGAAAAAUAACGAGCAUAACAUUGACUUAUAUAUUCCUAGGAUAUUUGUCGCAUUUUUGGAAUCCAGAUUUGAAUGGAUUGAUGAUGAUCCAUUUGCUGAUCAAGGUGCUUUGCAACAAAUUAUGGAACAUAUAUCAGUUAUAGUUCGAUGUGAAUAUGAAAAGAACGCCGAAAAAAUUAUCGAUCAUUUUGAUGUGAAAUCUGCAAUAUAUGAAAGAGCAAAUGGUUCGGAAAUCAACCAAACCAUUGAUAAUUUAUAUUGGUUGAUAUCAAUAAUUGGGGCAUGUAUUCGCGGACGCUCAGCUUUUAACGCCGUGGAAGAAUACGAUUUAAUCGAUGGCAAAUUAAUAGCAUUAAAGCUAAUGCAACUAACAGAUCAAAAGCUAUCAAAUGGUCUCGCAAGAAGCAUUAAAAUUGAAUCAGCAUUGUUGUAUGUAUUGGAACAAUUUCGUAAGAUUUAUAUAAACGAUCAUAUUCAAAGGAUUAGCAAGGUAUAUGAAGUUCUGGAACCUGAACUGGGUAUUCAAGAUGAAAGCGCCAUGCUCGUAAUAUUUGUUCGUAAAAUAAUAACGAAUCUGAAAUAUUGGCCAAAUGAUGAAAAACUUUUAAAGGAUAGUUUAGCACUUUUAAAUGAACUUUCUUUGGGUUACACUGCUAUGAGGAGAUUAACAAAGUUAACUGAAAUUCGUCUGCUUUUAACAAAUCAUACGAGUGAACAUUUUCCCUUUUUAUCUUCUGAUGUCGAUCUCAAAAUAAUGCGUUCCCGUACAAUUUUCUAUUCAUCAUUAUCUCGUCUACUAUAUUUAGAAUGCAAUGAUGAUGAAUCGAUGUUUUUUUCGUUCAUGGAACCUUUAACAUUAUAUAUCCAUUUCCAGCGAGCUAUCAUUGGUUUAUGCCGUGAUAUCAGAGGAAUUGGGAUGGCUUGCUCAUCGAAAAUCGUCUUUUCUUUGUUUAUCAACUGGAUGUAUCCAAAUGUAUUCUCGAUAUUAUUGCAGUCGUGUGAAGUUUGGUCUCAUUGUUGUGAAGUUAUCAAUCCUAUUUUGAAAUUACUGUUAGAGCUUUCUCAGAAUCGUCAACAGCGUUUGCAAUUCGAGAUGUCAUCUUGUUUUACAGUCUUAUUAUUCAGAGAGAUUUCUAAAAUUUUAUGUACAUAUGGUGAAAGGAUUUCUAUGCCAGUUCCAAGUGAAGAAAAUGCAUAUAAAGAACGUUACAAGAAUAUUGCCACCUGUUUUGCGAUUAUUCGUAUGGGUUUAUGCGGUAGUUAUUUGCCUUUCGGAGUAUUUCACCUUUAUGGCGAUAUGUGCCUUGAUAACGCUUUGAAUAUUUACAUUAAGUUAUUUAUAUCUAUCCCAGAAGAAGAUUUCUUUGCAUAUAAUAAGGUUUCACAGUUUUUUUUCGCAAUGAUCGAUAGCGUUGCUGCAGAUUACAUGGCUUAUUUAUCCAAUCUACAACCAGAGAUUAUCUGCACGAUUCUGGAUCGUUUGAGGCGCGGAGCGAUGUCUUCUGAUGCUGUCGUUCACACUUCUUCAUGCUCGACUUUGGAUUCUAUCGUUACCCACAUAUAUCGCAAACUUUCACGCCCGACGGAAAACCGUGGUCAGUGUGGAAAGCCUGUCGAAGGCAAUGGUUGUGUGCAGGCCACCAAAAUGCAGCCGAAUAUUUUGAAAGAAACAUUGUCGCAACUUCUUAACAUGUAUUUAUUCGUUGAAGUAAAGUGUCAGUGGUCAGUAUCAAGACCCCUUCUUGGGCUUAUCCUUCUAAAUAAGGAAUAUUUUCAAAAUUGGAAGGAAGAAUUUUUGAGAGCACAGCGUCAUGAUAAGCGUGCUGUUUUUGAAGAAGCCCUGUUCGCGUUAAACGAAGGUAUUGACUGGACUUUACAAGCGCGAAAUAAGGAUGCCUUUACGCAAAAUCUUUGUGUAUUCCGACGAACCGUUAGUUUUUGUUUUGAUAAAUUAAUUUAA